AUGCUCCAGCUCAAAUCCACGCUCGCCCUUGGUCUCUCUCUACUCGUUUCUUCCACACUCGCAAAGGAUGGCGAACUCUCCUCCGACCUUGUAGGCUGCAAAGAGGUCUCAUGUCCCCUAGAAGAUUUCGAGGACCGCUGCGCAGUGGGAGACGAUGUCUUCCUUGGUAUCGGACUAUCCCGCAUCCCCGACGUCCCCUCAUCUCUCUCUGGGUUCUCCCUCGUAAAAGGUGUCAAUGUAUCUACUCCGCUUGACGGUGGCAACUCGGUCACACGCCCUUUCAGGUCAGUCUACUACCUCGGCACACCCCCAGACAUAGAGGCCAAGGACCUAUCUGGCUGCGUUGUUGUCUUCCACGAUUCCCCGUCCGAUGUUUUCAACGGGUCGACAGUGGAAGGUUCAAACACUGGGGAUGAAACCCGCUCUGCGAGCGGUACCUGUUUCGAUGUCAUUGGCAAGACAUGCAUUGAAAAGGUUACGGAAAAGGCAACGAAAUCAGUUAAAGAGGCUGGUGGAAACUGCACGACACUUGAGCAGGAAUUGAAGAAGUUUUCUCUUGAUAAGUGUGAUCGAUUCGCGGAUGCAGGUGGCAAGCUUGGGAAUUUCAGUGUUAAGGCGCUCGAUGAUCUUGUUGCGGUUAAGAAUUCCACCAACUGCUGGCCUAUUCAGCCCAAGGCUGAUCAGUUGAUUGAGAUUGGGAGUUUCAUUACGCUGAGGGAUUACACAGCAAACGCUAUGGUUGAGGAGGCCUGGAAGAUUACUCCGGUCCUCACUGUGUUCACUGGGAAGGGGAACAACAGUCUUGUCGACGAAACUGUUUCUCAGCUGACAUGUAUGAAGGUCGUCACUCAUCUGGCACCCCCUCCUGACUCGUAUAAGAAUUCAGCGGUGGCUGUCAAGGUAAGCGGCUUUGCUGCUGGCAUUGCGGUACUAGCUGGAAUUUUUGCAUUCUUGUAG